AUGGGAAGCUCCUCUCCAGUGAUGUGACUCAUUACGUGAUCCCAGACUGGAAAGUUGUUCAAGAUUACCUAGAGAUCCUUGAGUUUCCGGAAAUGAAGGGAAUCAUUUUCAUGCAAACAGCUUGUCAGUCUGUACAACAUCAAAGGGGCCGGAGACAGUAUAACAAACUGCGGAGCCUGCUGAAGGACGCGCGCCACGACUGCAUCCUCUUCGCUAACGAGUUCCAGGAGUGCUGCUACCUCCCCCGGGAGAGGGGCGAGGCCGUGGAGAAAUGGCAGACCAGGAGCAUCUACAAUGCGGCCGUCUGGUACUAUCACCACUGCGGGGACAGGAUGCCCAUCGUGAUGGUAACCGAAGAUGCAGAGGCCAUUCAGCAGUAUGGGAGCGAAACCCAGGGAGUGUUUGUGAUUUCUUUCAAGGACUACCUGGACAACUUCUGGCCGGAUUUAAGGGCUGCCCACGAGCUGUGCGAGUCCAUCCUACAGUCCCGCCGGGAGCGGGAGAGCGAGAGCCAGGAGGGCCGCGGCCGGGAGUACGCGGAGCACCUGCCGCUGGAGGUGCUGGAGGCCGGCAUCAAGUCGGGGCGCUACGUGCAGGGCACUCUGAAUGUGAACAAACACAGAGCCCAAAUAGAAGCUUUCGUUCGACUUCAAGGAGCCAGCAGUAAAGAUUCAGGCUUAGCUAGCGACAUCCUCAUCCACGGCGUGAAGGCCCGGAACCGCGCCAUUCACGGGGAUGUGGUGGUCGUGGAGCUGCUCCCGAAGGGCGAGUGGAAGGGAAGGACCGGCGCCCUGUGUGACAACGACAGUGAGGACAAGGCCUCGGGCGAGGCCCCCAGCGACCCCAUGCCCACAGGCCGCGUGGUGGGCAUCCUUCAGAAGAACUGGCGUGAUUACGUGGUGACUUUCCCAUCCAAAGAGGAGAUCCAGUCUCAGGGCAAAAAUGCUCAGAAGAUCCUCGUUACCCCGUGGGAUUACCGAAUCCCCAAAAUUCGCAUCAGCACCCAGCAAGCCGAAGCCCUGCAGGACUUCAGGGUGAUCGUGCGCAUUGAUUCCUGGGAGUCAACGUCCCUGUACCCAAACGGACACUUUGUCCGUGUGUUAGGAAGAAUCGGCGACCUGGAGGGGGAGAUUGCGACCAUCCUGGUGGAAAACAGCAUCUCUGUUGCCCCCUUCUCAGAGGCUCAGCUGUGUGAGACACCUGUGAACACGCCCGAGAAGCCCUGGCAGGUGAGUGCCGAGGAGAAGCGCACGAGGAGAGACCUGCGGCGAACCCACCUCGUGUUCAGCAUCGACCCCAAGGGCUGUGAGGACGUGGAUGACGCGCUCUCCGUCAGGACCCUGACCAACGGCGACCUGGAACUCGGGGUCCACAUCGCAGACGUCACACACUUCGUGGCUCCCAAUUCUUACAUUGACGUCGAAGCUAGAACGAGGGCCACCACUUACUACCUCGCCGACCGGCGCUAUGACAUGCUGCCCCCCGCCCUCAGCGCCGACCUGUGCUCCCUCCUGGGCGGCGUGGACAGGUAUGCCGUGAGCGUCAUGUGGCAACUGGAUAAAACCUCUUAUGAAAUUAAGACGGUAUGGUAUGGCAGAACCAUCAUUCGGUCUGCUUACAAACUGUUCUACGAAGCGGCUCAGGAGCUCCUGGCUAGAAACUUUGGCAUUGCCGAUGAGAUCCCAGAAUUCAAAAACUUGGAUGAGAAGAGCAGACAAACCAGGCUGGAGGAGCUGGCAUGGGCCAUCGGGAGGCUGACAGACAUCGCUCGCCACGUCAGGGCAAAGCGUGACCGCUGUGGGGCCCUGGAGCUGGAGGGCAUGGAGGUUCGAGUCCAGCUCGAUGAUAAAAAGAACAUCCACGACCUCAUCCCCAAGCAGCCCCUGGAGGUCCACGAGACGGUGGCCGAGUGCAUGAUCCUGGCCAACCACUGGGUGGCCAAGAAGAUCUGGGAGAGCUUCCCACACCAGGCCCUGCUGCGCCAGCACCCACCGCCCCACCAGGAGUUCUUCGCCGAGCUCCGAGAGUGCGCUGCAGCCAAGGGCUUCUCCAUCGACACUCGGUCCAACAAGGCGCUGGCUGAUUCUCUGGAUAAGGCAGAGGACCCCAGCGACCCCAUGGUGAACUGGUUGCUGCGCUCCAUGGCUACGCAGGCCAUGUCCAACGCGCUGUAUUUCUCUACGGGCUCCUGUGCGGAGGAGGAGUUCCAUCAUUACGGUCUUGCGUUAGAUAAAUACACCCACUUCACUUCUCCAAUAAGAAGAUACUCGGAUAUCGUAGUGCACCGCCUAUUAAUGGCAGCCAUUUCAAAAGAGAAGAAAAUGGAAAUUAAAGAAAAUUUACUAAGCAACAAAGAUCUUGAGGAAUUAUGCAGACAUAUCAACAACAGAAACCGAGCAGCACAGCAUUCUCAGAAGCAGUCUACUGAGCUCUUCCAGUGCAUGUACUUUAAAGACAAAGACCCUGAAACUGAGGAGCGCUGCGUAGCUGAUGGAGUUAUUUACUCCAUUAGAACAAACGGCGUGCUUGUAUUUAUACCAAGGUUUGGGAUUAAAGGUGCUGCUUAUCUAAAAAAUAAAGAUGGUUUAGUGAUGUCCUGUGGCCCAGACCGCUGCUUGGAAUGGAAACCAGGGUCCCUGCAGAGAUUUCAGGACAAAAUCACCUCCACCACGACGGGAGGAGAGUCGGUCACGCUGCGCUUGUUCGACCACGUCACGGUCAGGAUAUCGGUGCAGGCCUCGCGCUGCCAUUCGGACACCAUCAGGCUUGAGCUCGUCAGCAACAGACCGCACGAGGUCCCGAGCUCGGAGCGCUCCCAGCCGAGCCCGCUCCUGCUGAGGAGCGACCUGGUGAGGGAGGUCACCAGGUGCGCGGAGGAGGCCCAGCUGGCCCAGGACGUGGCAGCGGACGCCAUCCAGGAGGAGUACCCAGAGUACCGCCAGACCAAGGGCCGGAGCCUGUACGCGCUGCUGGAAGAGAUCAGGGACCUGGCGCUCCUGGAUGUCUCGGGGGACUGCGGCAUAUGAAACGGUCCUGCUUCAUCCGAAGAGCUUCGUCUUGGGAUUUUACCAUCUUCCCCAACUUCACGCUGCAGCGAGUCACUGGGUGCUCGAGACAAAGUAGGUAUUUCGGUGUGCAGUGUUCACUCCUGCUCCGCGGGCGCUGCUUUAAAUGCGGAACCCGUCGCCGUGGACGCGGAGGUUUCAGCCCUGCACGGACAGGGAAGGGUGCUCUCUAAGGUCACUUGCUGGCCUCUUUUUAAUAAACCCACGAUUUUUAGUU